AUAAGGUAUUUCGAGAAAACAGAAAAAGAAAAAGAAACCAACGAAAGGGGCUAGGGUUUCGUUAGAGAGAGAUCAUCGCUUGUUCUGAAUACGGCGGCGGCGGCAUGAAAAAAGUUUCGAUGAAGGAACCGAAGAAACAGGAAAUUAAGAACAAAUCGGAAAAGAUUUCAAUGAAGAAACUGGAAAAGAAGAACAAAUCGGAAAAGAUUUCAAUGAAGAAACUGGAAAGGAAGAAUAAAUCGGAAAAGAUUUCAAUGAAGAAACUAGAAAAGAAGAACAAAUCGAGAAAGACUUCAAUGAAGAAAUUGCAAGUGUGUGAGGAGAAUCAGGGCAAUGAGACGAAAGAUAAGAAACCAAAAGCUUGUGGUGCAGGUGGAAUCUCGAUCUGGUAUAACGGAGAUCCGACCCGCUGUCUUCCACACCACAUGGAAACUAUGAAAAAAUAUGCCGAAUUAGUUAUUGAUGUCUUCAACAAAACACAUCUCAACAAAUACAGUUUUGUGGAUAUGGUGCAUACAACAUCAGUAAAUUUCGGACUUUGGACGUUGCAUAUGGUUUUUACCGUUAAGCCCGAGCCCGAGGAGGAUGGUGUUGAUAAGUAUCCCAUAAUUGUUCGAGCUAGGGUUUCGAUCAGUAAUGAUUAUGUGGAUUAUUUUGAAUUUCCCGAGGAUGAAGAGGAUUCGGAAACGCCAAUUUUUCCUAUUGGCUCUGUCUUUUAUGAUGGAAAUCCCACCAGCUGUGAUGAUGAAACGAUGAAAACUGUCCAACGAUGUGCUGAUUUAGUUAUGGAAGUCUACAACAAGACACAUCUCAUCGAAUACAGUUUGGUGGAGUUGGUGCGUGCAACUAGACAUUUAUCCCCAGGGUUUAUGAUUGAUUUGGUGUUUAUCGCUAAGUCGAAGUACGACUAUGGAGGUGGACAUGAAGAGUAUCCCAAAGAAUUUCGAGCUCGGGUUUCCGUCACACAUAACUAUGUAGAGUUUGUUGAAAUUGUCGAUCGUCCUUGCCUGCUAUAGGUGAUUACAGUUUCCAAGUUCAGAGAGGCUAUAUAUAUAUAUAUAUUAUGGAACAUUAAGUUGUGUUAAUUUUCAUAUAAUAGGGUUGUGAACUAAUUUUAUUGUGUGCAUCUAUCUAGAGACCUUUUCUUAAUUUGUGAAAAAGAAAAUGAUGGUGUGUUUAGGCCAAUGCUGCCUGGAACAAUGCUAAUAUUAUGUAUUGACAAUUUGCUUGCUACUGCUCGUAUUUGUGGUUAUCCAAUUUAUAUUUCUUUUAUUAUAUACG